AUGGCGAGGACAAAGCUUAUCUUAAUCUGCCAGUCUGGUGGUGAAUUCGUCAUAAAGGAUCAUGGAUCCAUGUCAUAUACGGGUGGAGAGGCACAUGCAGUAGAUAUCAAUCUUGAAACCAUAUUUGAUGAUCUCUCAAGUUUAAAUCAGUAUCUUCUCAUCUUCUUUGACGCAACAGCCCAUGAUCCUAGCAAGAGUUCUAUGUUGGAGCUUGGAGAUCAACAACGUCUCAUUUUUAACACCUCUAUGCCUUGCCCUGAGCUACUAGAUAGUCCUUGUACUGCUAUUUCCUUCCCUUCUCGUAGGGUACCUACGAAUUAA